UGGUAUCAAACAAAUGAUUAUUUCUGAUCGACUAAAUAUUCCUCACAGUACAGUAUAUGAUACAAUUAAAAGAUACAAAGAAACUGGUUCUGCAGAACCUAAGGAAUGUUCUGACCAUCCAAAGAUGCUUACUAAACGUGAUAAUCAG